GGAAGGGCCGCAGAAAUGUCAAACUACUUCACUUGACGCAAGAUGGAUUUUCUCUCUCUCUCAUCAAUUUUAUACUUAUUGUUGUAGCAUUUUUUAAUUAGCUGUCCUCUGUAUUGCUUCACGGCUCUCGAAACACAACAAUGGACUCAGAAAUUAUGGAGAUAAUAGAGGAAUUCAUGGGAAGUGCGUUGGCGCAAUGGGUUCAGCUGUUUGAGAAGAUGGUGGAGAGGGAGAAUGGCGUCCCGCUCCACAGCCAGUACAUGGAACUAAACUCAAGUUCUCAGAGCGCCCGGGAUCGUUACAUGAGGCUGACCAAUGGGAUUUUCCUCAAUGAGAUCAUGAGAGUCAUAGACCCAAACCCCAAGGUGGAGCGACUGUACGACAGUGAGAGAGACGAUCACAUGCUGAGGGUCCAGAACUUUUCUAUUUUAAAUCGACACAUCAGAGCCUUCUACCAGGAAGACCUGCAGCAGUUGAUACUGAUGCCUCUCCCAAACGUCGCCAUUCUGGGGCAGGACCCCCUAACAGAGGCAGCCGUGGAGGAGCUGAGGCGACUGCUGCUGCUCCUACUGGGCUGUGCUGUGCAGUGUGAGGAGAAGGAGACGUUCAUUCAGCAGAUCCGGUCUCUGGACAUUGAGACGCAAGGAGCCAUUGCCAGCUGUAUCAAGCAGGUGACUCAGGAUCCUCGCAUGGUGCUGCCGCUGAGGUGGGAGGAGCUGGUGGAGUUUGAAGGAGCAGACUUACAGCUGGUGUUCAGUUCCAUGGCCAAACAAAUCCAAAGCUUGCUGACACAAAGAGACACACACCUGGAGAGGAUGGCAGAGCUGUGUCGGGAGCGGGAGGUCCAGUCUGACUCAACCACGGUGCCCCUGGGUGGUCACAGUGAGGAGCCACCCCAAGGUCUGGCGCUCCAGCUGGCAGACAGCAAGGCCAAACUUCGGCGCCUUAAACAACUACUGGAAGAUAAAGGUGAUCAGAUAUUGGAUUACAACAUGGAGAUUCAAACCAUGGAGGAACAGCUCAUGAAAUUUCAGAAAGAGAACCGCUCUCUGCAGGGAGAGGUGAGGGGCAUGCGUGCACUGCGGGAUGAGCUGGACUGCGCCCGAGAGCGAGCUGCACGGGCCGAACAGCUCCAGACUGAGCUUCAGAGCUGUAAACACAGAUUGCGCAGCCUGGAGCUCACACGCACUCAGCUGAAGGAGCAGCAGCAGCUGUGUGUGGCGCUGCAGGAGACCAAAGUUCUUCUGGAGGAACAGCUGGCAAACGCACGGGCUCGCUGCUCCUCGCUAAGGGAGCUCGAGAGGGACAAUCUUCUGCUGCGUCAGAAAAUCAUAGAUGUGGAAGCGGAGAGAGACACCGAGAGGCAGCAAGUUGAUGAACUGCUGGAGAUGAACAUGAGCCUCGAGGCGAACCUUAGGCACAGCAGCGACGGAGCCAGCAAUCCUGCUCCGAUACACCAACAUUUCCUCCAAUCAGAACUGGACUCUGACGAUGAGCUGAGCGACUUGAUUGUUUCAGAUCAGAGGCCGCUGAGCGUGGAGGUUGGCGAGGCCUCGACGCUGAUGCUGCUCGGAGCCGAGCAGGAGAACGCAGAGCUGAGGAGACGACUGGAGGAGCUGCAGGCCCAACAAGAGGCGGACUCUCCAGAUGCAAAAGAUGAACUAGUGAGCCUGGAGACGGAGCACCAGAGCACACUCAGAGAGUUUCAAAACAUGAAGAAUGAAAAUGCCACUUUGAAGCAGCGCCUUGAAUUGUUGGUGACCAAACUACAACAUCUAGAAGACCAGAGGAAGGAGGAAGGAGAGAAGGAGCCAGACAGAAAGGAGGAAGAGGAGAGAGGAGUCCAGGGAUCUGAAUCCUGCAGGGAAGAAGGGGAAGGAAGGGUGAGGAUGACAGGGGUGAGGGAGAGAAGAGGAGAAGUCAUUGGGAGUCAGAGGGAGGCAGGAGUUGGGGAAGAGAUUGUCAAUGUUGAAGUUGGAAAAGAAGAACCCUUCAAUGAGGAGGUUGAGUCCAAAUGGAGAGGAGAGGCAGAGGGAGGGCAGAAAGACAAAGAGAAAAAGGAGAAAGAAAGACAAAUAAAUAACGAACAAACCUCAGCAACAGCAAACUCAAAGAUCCCAAAUCACCCAAAAAGUGAAGAAGAUAAUACAGACACAACAGUUGCAGAUCAGGGUGUUUGUGCGCUGUCGGAUCCUGAUGCGGAGCUUCUCACAAAGCGGCUCCAGGAGGCCGAGGAGGAGGCCGAUAGGCAGGCGAUGGUGGCCCAGGAUCUGCGCUCAAAGCUGGGGGAGCAGAGCAGGAGAAGCUGGGAGGCUGAGCAGAGGCUGGUGGUACUAGAGGCCGAGCUGCAGCGUCUGAAGAGAGCGGCCGAGAGUCUGGGAGAUGCCCGCAGGCAGAUAGAGGUUCUUCAGUCGGAGGGUCUUGUUAUGGAGGAGGAACUGUGCCGCCUGCGGAGCCAAGCGGAGCUUCACAGCAUGCAGACCACGGUCAUUGCCACCCUGGAGGGGGAGCGGGCUGCACUGGAGAGAGACAUGGACACACUGCGUAGUACCAUGGACGCCCUGCGCACCGCACAUCGCAAGAGUGACCAGUUAGAGCUCACAAAUCAGACACUCCGGGCGGAGGUGGAACGACAGGGUCGCAGUUUGGAGACUUAUCGUCGUCGGGAGGAGGAGCUGGAGGCAGAACUGCGUGAGGCGACCCUGGAGGCCGAAUCGGUGGCACGGGCGCGAGACCAGGCACUGCUGGAGGCGACGAGGCUGGAGCAGGAGAAGGAGGUGUGUCAGGCGGAGCUGGACGGCCAACGUAAAGAGGGUAGGCAGAGAGAGAGGGAGGCAGCGAGGCUGAGGCAGCAGCUGGAGAGCACAACCCUCGCCCUGGAGCACAGCAACCAGAGAGCUCGGGCUCUGGACGGCGAACACAGGCGUGUGUGUCAGCAGCUGUCUGAAUCCAAGGAGCUCUGCACUCGGCUGCAGGACCUGGAGAAGGAGCUCAGCACUCGAUUAAGCAGCAUGGAGGAGAGUAAACAGCAGCUGCAGGAGCAGUACGCAGAUGCUCAGGCCAAGAUUAGUUCACUGUCCCAGGACCUAUCCAAUGAUCAGGCAAGUUCCCAAAAACUGUCUGCUGAAGUCAAGCGUCUGAGCCAGCAGCUACAAAAAGCAGAGGCCGAACUGAAGACGACAAACGAUUCGUUCAACAACUCACAGGAGAAAAUAGAGUCGCUCUCCCAGUGCCUUAAAAAAGGUGAAUCUCUUCUCCAGUUGGAAAAGACAAGAGGAAGUGCGGAAGUGGAAGCUACAUCUAAUUCAAAUUCAGACUCCUCAAACAAAACACAAAAUUGUCAGACCCAGGAGACGUCACAUCUGGAUCAAUCCCCAGCAGCUGGCAAAGGUUGUGACCUUUCCACGACCCGGGAUUUCACCACAGGAGAGAGGCAGCUGAGUGAGAGCCUGAUAGAACUGGAGAGAGAGAGAGCAGUGGCGGUUGCAGGCCGGGAGGCUUUGCUGUCGCGGCUGUCUGAAUCCCAGGAGGCGUGUGAGCACCUGAGGGAGCAGCUGGAGGCGCUGCGGCGGCACUGCCUCAGCCUGCAGGACUCAUGCACCAGUCUGCAGACACUCAACACCCAGCUACAGGUGGAGCAAGCAUCCCUGAGUUCCCAGCAUGCGGCAGUGCUGGCACGCUGCAGUGAGAGCGAGGCCCGUUGUGCGUCUCUAGAGGCCGAGGCCAAGGUGUGGGCGCGGGAGCGAGAGGAGUCGGUGGCCAGGAUGGAGGCGCUGCGGCGGGACCAUGAGAGGAUGACAGCUCUGCAGCAGCGGCAGGAGGUGGAGCUGGAGGAGCUGCUGGAGAAACAAUCUCAGCUGAGGAGCAACAACCGCAUCCUGGAGGCCCAGCACAGGGAGCUGGAGGCCAGGUACAAGGAGCUCCUGGAUGGUAAAACCCAGCUGGAGGAGAGAGAGCGGGAGAUGAAGAUGGAGAAAGAGGAGAUGGAAGCAGAGGCUCAGAGGAGAAUGGAGAGGGAGCGGGAGCUGGCAAGGCUGAAAGAAGACAACGAGAGGCUGCAGGUCCAGCUGAAGGAGGGGUUGGCGUCGCAGGCGGAGCUGCUGGCUCAGGGCUCGGAGCUGAGGGGGGAGCUGAGCGCCUCCCAGCUGGAGCGGACACGGCUGGAGGGGGAACUCAGCGGCCUGAGAGAAACCAACCAGAGCCUGGACCUCAGCAACGCCCGCCUCACCAGCCAAUAUCAGCUGUUGACCCAGUUGAAGGGGAACAUGGAGGAGGAAAACCGGCAGUUAGCAGAGCAGAACCAGGGUCUUCUGAAGGAGAACCGAUCCUUAAUGGAGCAGAGCCUGGAGCGCCGGGACCAGCACUACUCACAGCAGAGAGAAUACCAGGAGAAGCUCAGCGAGCUCCGUCGGGAGAAGCAGAAAUUGGUGGAGAAGAUUAUGGAUCAGUAUAGAGUCCUCGAGCCGAGCAUGCAACCUCCAGGCAGCAAAGCCAAGAAAUCUAACUGGAUUGCGGACAGGAUGAAGAAGCUAAUCAAACCACGGGGAGGAGGAAGAGAGGGACGCGCCCUCUUCACCGCCGCGGGCAGCGUGGAAAACCUGGCCGACAGCACUGAAUUUACAUCAGACACACACACACGUCACCCUGACCCCCGCAGUGCUCCCGUCUCUCCUUCUCCCCUGAGAAAGGCUCCGUCCCAGACAGAGCAGGACAUCUCGGCUCCCGGGACUCCAUCCAUGCGCUCUGGCUCCGGGGGCCGGCGUAAGCUGGGAUCCCGUCACGGGUGGGGGCUUGGAUUGUCAAGAGCAGGCUCUGGAGUCUCCCAAUCCUUCAGUCCUGGGGACCACAAAACACCGCCCCCCCUGCGGCUACACUCCGACCACAGCAGCUCCAGUGUCCUUUGGGAGGGACAGAGAGGCGAAAGAAACACAGACGCACGGCUGAGCAUUGAGGAGAGUGUCGAGGUGGAAGAAGGCAGAGACAAUCAACACUCCAGUGAUGACAGCGCAACGACCUGAGAGAGCCGACUCUCAAUAAAAGAAAAUAAUGUUGUUUGCUCCUGGCUAAUGUUUUGAUGCAGCUCUUUGUAUGUUUGACAUAUUUAAAUAUGAUAUAUUUCUAGUGAUUUUAAAUACAUGAAUAAAUACAUCCUUCUUUCA